GCGUGCAUGUUCUCUUGCCAUAUGUGAAUGCACGUGUGAGUGGAGCGGAGCUGCCAACAGGCAACAUGAAUCGUUCAUGAUGGUUACAGAAAGCGGUUGCAACUUGCACAGAGAUUCGUAUGCUACACUAGGAGCAACCAAAAGAUCGCUCUACUCUUGGUUUAUCGAUAAGUGCUGCACAAUCAGAGUGAAACCAACGCCAACAACGCUCGUGUUUAUACGAGCCAAUCCGGCAAACUUUCAGUCUGCAUCAUCAGAUCAGGCUGUAUUCCUGAGAAAGCAACCGUGCCAGACGUUCACGUUCUCGUCAGCAUUUGAUGUUGCAGCUGUCGCCUCUCCUUGCUGUUCAGUUCUGGUGCUCAUUCAAGUCAUUGCUACUUCUGGUGGUCAAAGUGUGUCAGAUGACAGAAAUCAGCAGACGUGUGCAUCUGCUGGAUUUCCCGGAUUUCCCGGAUUACCAGGACGAGAUGGAAGAAACGGAGAAUAGGGGUGAAAGGAGAGUGAGGAUUAGAUGGAGAUGUCGGUGGUAAGGUAAAGGCAAUGCUGGGAAAAUUGGUCCGCAAGGCUCACAAGGUCCACAUGGUCCACGAGGUAUACACGGUCGACAUGGUCCACGAGGCCCACAAGGGACAAGAGGAGAACAAGGAAGGAAAGGAGAGAAAGGAGAAGCUGCCAAACUCAACUGGAAACAGUGUGCGGGAGAGAAAUGAAGGGAAGGACGUUGGACUCAUUCAGGUUAUUCUAACUUAAUUUGUAAUUGUAAUUGUUGACAUGUUUCUGCUUUUAUUCCAACAGGACUGUAAUUUUAAGAAAUAUCACAGCAAUUCAGCUCUACGUGUUGCAUAUGCAGGGGCUCUCAGGGUUUACUGCAGUAGUGGUCGAUGCUGUUCUCGAUGGUAUUUUACGUUCAAUGGUAACAAGUGCAGUGGACCUAUGACCAUUGAAGGGGUUGUGCAUGGUAGUUCUGCUGAUGAUGACCCUCAUCGUCACAGACAGAUUGAGGGAUACUGUGAGAACAUUUCAGCAGGUCAAGUCACAAUUGGAAUUAACAUUGGAAAUGUUAUAAGAAGUUCUCAUUGACACAUGAUGGCUACACAGGAUGGCAUUCGGUAUCUCGCAUUAUGAUUGAAGAAGUUCCUACAUCACGAAAGUGACUGAAUUAGAGAGGAACAAGAACUUGCGUUCAGUAUAGUUUGUAGUAUGUUCAGAAUGAAGUAGCUGAAGUAGGAGGCUGGAUGGUGCAUGUGUACAUCUCUCGUUACUACAUGUGAGUGUGCGUACAAUUGCAACAAUGUAUGUAGUCAACAGCAGUGUGUACUGUACCUGCCAAUCGCUCACUCUGGUUGAUGGAUGGGCCCAAACGAACCUUAGCCCCGUAUAAUUGUAUUAGUCAAUAAACUAUAGUAAUAGAUACUAUAAUCUCCAACAGUGUCAACAUAACCAGUGUUACCACUAUACUUCAACUAUACACUAUAUCAUUCUCAACUGUAAUUACUUUAUCCCACUAUCCAUAACCAAUU